AUGGCCCCUGCAUUGAUCGCCCUCGAAGAACACUUCGAUUCCAACAUCUUCACCGCCAAAGACAACCUCCACGCCAACCUACCACCUCAUCUCAGCGAACGACUCCAAGAUGUUGCAGAGCUCAGACUCAAAGAAAUGGACGCCGGUAACAUUUCCAUGCAAGUCCUAUCCCACAUAGGCCUCAUGCCUACUCCAGUAGCAGAGUGCCAGCAAGUCAACGACAAACUAGCCUCAGCCUGCGCCGCAUACCCAGACCGUCUAGCUGGCUUCGCGACCCUUCUCAUGCAAGAUCCAGAAGCUGCAGCCGCAGAGCUGGAACGCAGUGUCAAGAACCACAAAUUCCUCGGAGCCCUCAUCAACAGCCACCUCGAAGACGGAACCAUGUUCGACGACCCCCGAUUCUGGCCCGUGUUCGCAAAGGCAGUAGAGCUAGACGUACCCAUCUACAUCCACCCAAACUACCCCGGCGAGAACCUCGAAAGUUACUACAAAGGCUCCUUCUCCCAAAUGUCAGCCGUGAUGAUGUCCACCGCAGCCUGGGGCUGGCACUCCAGCUGCGGCUUGGGGAUCCUCCGUCUCUUCGCCGCCGGACUCUUCGACAGGUGCCCCACCCUCAAGAUCGUGAUUGGGCACAUGGGCGAGAUGAUACCGUAUAUGCUUGAGAGGACGAUUCACACCGCGCGGAACUGGGGGACGUUUCAGCGCAAUCUAAGGACGGUCUGGAAUGAGAAUGUUUGGGUUACGACGAGUGGGUUGUUCACACUGCCGCCGCUGGAGUGUCUGUUGAAGACUACGCCGGUGGAACAUGUUAUGUUUAGCUUGGAUUACCCUUUCUCGGGCACGGAGACUGGGAGGCAGUUUGUUGAGGAGAUUGAGAAGUCGGGACUUUUGAACCAGGAGCAGUUUGAGGGUUUCUGUCAUGGGAAUUCGGAACGGCUGUUGAAGAUCAAGGGGAAGCAGUGA